GAAAACCCAUUCCCGCACAUGGCAACUUCCCAGUUCCCAGAUCCGCUGCUAGCCGACUUACUCUUUGACUUUGACACCACUGAAAAUUUUAGAUUCUACUUAUCAGUUUAACUCUGCUUUAGAUCCAGAUAUAGAUCUAGAUCUAGAUCUAUUCUGAGCAACCUGAUCAGUGAUGAGGCGUUCAUAGAAAAAUUAACUACUACGGUUUGUGAUAAGCUGAUGUUGUACCAAGUCUUGAGACGUAUUUAUAAGUUGGAAUAGAAGAGUCAGUGUGAGCCUGGACUUGACUCUUCGUAAACCUCGUUCCAACUUCAGACAUUUCAGUUUAUAAAACUAUGAGGAGUCAAACGAACUACAUUCAAUUGGCAUUUAUUGCUUUCCUGCUUUCAUGUUUUGUGGUUAGCCUAACACAUGCAAGCAAUGAGGUUGGAGAAUCUGGAGAUGACCAUGCUGACCCACACAGAGAACCAUCCUUAUGUGAAGUUUGUAAGUAUCUGACUAAUGAACUGAGGGAGAGGUUAGAUGAGACAGGGAAAACCCAUGAAGUCUUGGAAACAGGUUAUAGAAUUGACCAGAAGAAAAAAAGGAAGGAAUAUAAGAAAUCAGAGCUAAGACUGAUAGAAGCAGUGAAUGAUCCUCACAUAUGUGAAAAGAUUUUAGAAUACAACAUCCAUGCUGAGAGGAAAGGUAGCCUGCGUUUUGCCAAAGGAAGAAGUGAAACUAUGAGCACACUUCAUAAUCUCAAAGACAAGGGUGUCAAAGUGGAACUGGGCAUUCCGUAUGAGCUGUGGGACACACCUUCAGCUGGUGUAGCAGACAUGCAAAGAAAGUGCUAUAAAAUUGUGGAAGAGUUUGAAGAGGACAUUGAAGACUGGUAUUACAAUUAUCAAGACAUGGACCUCACAAAUUUCCUGUGCAAAGACAAAGUCCUCAAGAGUAAUGAUCAAGAAUGUCUUGCUGAGGUAUGGACUGGAAAAGAAAAAGUAGCUGGAGCCAGUACAGAGGAAAAAGGUGAAACUGAAGUGGAAAAACCACCAAAGAAGAAAAGUAAAAAAACCAAGAAAGCCAAAAAUAAAAGCAAAGGUGAUGAGGGCACUGAAGAUGCAACAAGCACAAAGGGAACAGAUGAGACAAAACGAGAUGAACUGUGAUCAGUCUGCCAAGUUAUAAAUUUUUCUGCCUUCCAAUAAUUGUUACUUUUCUGAAUGUUGACUGUUGUACCAAAAUAAUUGAAAUUUUUAACUUAUGCUCUGGUUUUGUCUAUGAAACUCGGUGUGUUCCUGUGUCUCUGCCUCCAGCCAUUUUUCCUGUCAGGUUUGUACUCCGGAUAUAUCUGUGCCGUGCUGUAGAAAUUGAGAGAUACCAGGUAUCUGAAAAAAAGAGGACCCAUUCAAAAGGCAAUAACUCCAUUAUCUCAGGACCAAUUAUAUCAACAAAACUUGGAACAAAUAGAAUUCAAUCAAGGGGUGUCAAAUUGCUUGACAUGAAGAAAAUCAAAAUUCAUGUUCAAGAAAUAUUAGGUUUUUAAAAUUUCAACCAAAUUUGACUGAAUUAGAAAACUUUAUAACUUCUUAAAAAUUAACAAUAACGUGUAUUUGUGUAUAAAAGAACACAUUCAUAUAACAUUGACAUUGUCCUAUAAACUCAGGGAAAACGGUAGCUAUUUAAACUGUAUGCUCCAGGUGUUGACCGUUUCCCUCCGACAAGCUAAAAAGAUGCUGCUGGAAAUUUUGAAAAAACCAAGUGGUAUGUUUCUGUGUUCUCUUUGGGCCUCCUGUUCAAUGUUGAAUUUCAACCUUUCAAUUGUUUGUGGGUUGUUUUGGUAAACUUUGUCUGUCAAAAAAA